GGGUUUCUACUUUUGUACAGAAUACAACCAAGACAGGGAGAGGACAAGGCAGAGUGAGGCAUGAUACUCAGGUAUAGAUGCGAAUAGGGAAGAGAUAUACCACCAGUAAAAUCCUGAAACCAUGGCCUUGUUGUGAGCUAUCCUAGUGAAUGAUGUCGUCGAUGUGUCGAUGUUGUGCCUGAAAGGGUAAGGCGCAAUGCGGGUCUGGGCCAAGCUGCAUGGAUCCGGGGCCAAAAGUGGCGCUUUAAUCCUUGACCUUUGUCUCCACCUUCCAAAGCCCCAUCGCAGUCGCGUCAAUCCGACGCGUUUAUCAGAACCUCUCAUCACUCAUCAUUUUUCACUUGCGCAAAUCAUUCAGUCGACAACAUGGCGCCAAAGAAGGUGGCAGACAAGACAAUUGCCGCCGAGCUGACCAGUGUGGUCGACCAAAUCUACAAUGGUCCUGACCGCGACAAGCUCUCCGUCAAUUACGCCCGCGAACUGGUCGAGGAGAAACUUGGUCUGGACGAGGGCUUCUUGAAAGAGGGCCAGUGGAAGGCCAGGAGCAAAGAAAUCAUUCGCGCCGCUUUGGAAGCGCUUGAGAAUGCCGAAUCCGAACCUGAACCCUCCCCUCAGCCCCCGAAGCGCAGGGCGAAGCAGCAGCCAAAAAACGGUGCCCCCGCCAAGCGAGCAAAGAAAAGCCCCUCCCCCGCCCCAGAGGCAGACGUGCCUUCUGAGUCCGGCGACGUCGACGAUGCCAGUGAAGCCUCGGAACAGCCAGCCAAGAAACGGAAGCUCGCGAAGCCGUCCAAGAAGAGGAGGGUAGUUUCGGACGACGAUGAUGAAGCCAGCGACGCAAGCGCUAAGGAACCAGAACCUGCCAAGAAGAAAGCUCAGAAAGACAGGGAAGAGGUGCCUGCAAAAGGCGAUGCGACAGUCACAGCGAAGGACGAUUCGAGUGAGCUCUCUGAAAUUAAGAGUGUGCCGGAGAGCGCCGACAAGAUUCCAGACAGCGACGACGAAUUGUCCGACGUGAUCGACGAACCGCCGAAAAAGAAACAAAAAGCACAAGCCAAGCCCAAGGCAGCCGAGAAGCCUAAACCUGUGGUUGUCGCAAAAGAGGAUGGCAAUGAGUCCUCUAGUUCCCUCUCAUCUGUUAUCGAUGAUGAACCUCCAAUCAAGCGCAAGGGAAAGGGCUCCGCAGCACCGAAAGCCCCAGCAGCGCGUAAGACCAAGGCGGCCGCUACCGAGGCCUCACCGGAUGAAGCUACGAUCAAGCAACUGCAGGGUCAACUUUUAAAGUGCGGCGUCCGUAAAGUCUGGGCGUUUGAGUUCAAGAAAGGCGGACAGACGACACCCAAGGCCAAGAUCAACCGUCUCAAGGAGAUGCUUGCUGAAAUCGGAAUGACUGGUCGCUUUUCAGAGGCCAGAGCUAAGGAGAUUAAGAUGCAGCGGGAGUUGAUGGCUGACCUGGACGCUGUUAAGCAGUGGGACCAGACCUUUGGUGUUGCUGAUGGCGGCCGGCGUUCGAGGCGAGGCGCUCCUGUCAAGAGCUUCAGGGAGCCUAGCAUCAGUGGCGAUGAUGAGGCUGAGAAGGAUGAUCAGGAAGAUGAAGAUGGUGAGGAGAGCGACGAGGAGGUCAGCGAUGCUGCCGAGUCCAGUGAGUCCAGCGAUGACAAUGGCACAAGCGAGGACAGUGAGGAGGAGGAGAAGCCAAAGAAAGGCAAGGGAAAGGGGGCCACCAAACGAAGGGCUGUAUCCGACGAGGAGAGUGACUCGGACUAAGUGGCAGGCGGCUUCGGCUUGAUGUUGUGGGCGGUUUCUGAUUGGCAAUUUGAUGCUUGUGGGCGUGUCUUGUGUUUGACUGUCGGCUGUUUGCUCUUAACUUUUGCAUUUGUAAGAUACCCUUGCAGCAUGGGACGGAACUAAUGUGUAUACACUUUCGGAAU